UCCUACCAUUCUCACUGCACAUGCGUGGCUCAGGGAGUGCGCAGCGAAGAUAAGUGCCACCUGUCAGUGCCCAUCAGUGCCACGUGCCAGUGCCCAUCAGUGCCACAUCAAUGCCACAUAUCAGUGCAUACCAGUGCACAUCAAUGCCACAUAUCAGUGCCCAUCUGGGCUGCCUUUCUAUGUCACCCAUCAGUGCCAGUCAGUGCCACCUAUCAAUGCCAAUCAGUGCUGCCAAUCAGUGCCGCCUAUCUGUGCCAGUCAGUGAUGCCUAACAGUGCCAGUCAGUGCUGCUUAACAGUGCCAGUCAAUGCCACCUAUCAGUGCCAGUCAGUGCUGCCUAUCAGUGCUGCCUAUCAGUGCCAUAUAUCACUUUCAUGUAUCAGUGCUGCCUUUCACUGCCCAUCAGUGAUGCCUGUCAAUGCCCAUCAGUGCAACCUACCAGUGCCUCCUGAUCAGUGCCACCUAUCAGUGUCCAUCAGUGCAACCUAUCAGUGCCCAUCACUGCAGCCUCAUUAGCGCACAUCAGUGAAGUCGAAAAAUCACUUAUUUACAAAAUUGUAUAACAAAAACUAAGAAAAAAAAAUUUUUUUUUCAAAAUUUUCAGUGGUUUUUGGUUUGUUUAAGAAAAAAUAA